CCAAAUUUUAAGCGUAUUUGAGUAAAUUUGAGGUACAUAUUCUUAUGAAUUUGAUUUGUUUUGUUGCACUCACCUCUGAAUGUAAUACUUUUAUGUCAUUUGAAGAAUGGCCGUUACAAGAGUUGGAAUAUAUGGGUCAUUCAGUUCAGCAUAAAGAACUGUUGACAGAAUUGUGUUAUCCCGGAGCAGACAUUAAACAUGUGGGCAAUGUACGUGUAAUUUUCUCGGAGAAGUUUAGGCUCGGCAAAGGAAGUGAUGAAACCCGUGUUUAUCUUGGACUGACACAGGAUGGUUACGGUAAAGCAGUGAAACGAAUUCGUAAAGAUAACUACGUCCAGCCUGCACAGCAUGAAAAGGAAAUUUUAAGCAAAUUCAAUGCAAGAAAGUCAAAAUAUGUUGUGAAUUAUUACUUCUUAGAGGAAGCUACUGGAACAGAAUAUGUUUAUUUGAUCUUAGACUUAUGUGAGGAAUCACUGGAAAAGUUUGUGGAUAAUUCUACUAUACUUGAUCUUCAAAAAGCUCUUCCCAAUAUUCUUAGACAAAUUUUGAAUGGAUUAGCUGAUCUUCAUAGUGGCCCAGAUCCUAUUCUUCAUCGGGAUUUGAAGCCUAACAAUGUUCUCCGUGACGCAGACGGCAAAUUUUUGAUAGCGGACUUUGGCAUUAGUCGAAUAUUGAAAAAUGGAUCUAAAACACACAAUAGCAAGUUUAACAGGGGAACUGAAUUUUGGAUUGCUCCAGAAGCAGUAGAUGAGGAAGAUUCGAACAAAGCACCUAAUGAAGCACGUUACAAAAAAGAGUCUGAUGUAUAUAAUGCAGGAAUGGUGGCUUAUUAUGUUGCAACAAAAGGGAAACAUCCUUUUGGAGCUAAACGGUAUAAAUUGGACAAUAUGUUAAAUGGAAACCCUGUUGGCUUGGACGAAAUCAAGGAUGAAACAUUAAAAGACCUUCUGUUGUGGAUGUUAAAACGACAACCAGAAGAACGACCAUCUGCCAACGAAGCCUUGAAACAUCCAUUUCUUAUGUCGGAUAACGAGAAAUUUGAAUUUUUAUGUAAAGUUGGAAAACUACAGUCGACUAAAACAAAUGAUCGUGAAGCUAGUAUCGUCCAACAUUUGAAUAUUGAAUCUUCAAACUGGAGAAGCCAAAUGGAUAACGAUGUUUAUGAAUAUUUGGUAAAUGGAAGAAAUUAUGGAUAUUCAUGGACAGAAUGUUUAAGGCUCAUUCGAAAUAUUGGCAUGCAUUGGAACGAUAGACCACGGCCUCUACCACAACCAGAAGCAUUUUAUAAGAUUGGCGAUCACAGGACGUAUUUUCUCAAAACGUUCCCCAGUCUCCCUGUUCAGGUACAUGCUGCUGUCAGGUCAAAUGAAGAAUUGAAAGACAAACUAAAACUUAAGGAAUUGCAGUCACAAGAAUGGAAAUUUAUUGGUGAAUCAACAAAGCAUAGAAAAAUGUUGUUAAAAUUGUGUGAAUAUGGGGCCAGUGCAUUUAAAAAGGUUAAACAUGUGGGCGAUGUGCGUGUAAUUUUCUCAGACGAGUUUUGCAUCGGCAGAGGAAAUGAUGGAACACCUGUAUAUCUUGGACUGAAGAAGGAUGGUUACGGCAAAGCUGUGAAACGAAUUCGUCGAGAUAACUUCAUCGAUCUAACCCGCCGAGAAAAGGAAUAUUUGAAUGAACUCAACGCAGAGGGAUCGGAAUAUGUUGUGAACUAUUCAUACUUAGAGGAAGACAAUGACACGGAAUAUGGCUAUUUAAUAUUAGACUUAUGUGAGGAAUCGUUGGAAAGUUUUGUGAAGUCUUCUACUUUGUCUGAUCUUCAAAAAUCUCUUCCCGAAAUUCUCAAACCAAUUUUGAAAGGAUUAGCUUAUCUUCAUAGUGGCCCGCAUCCUAUUCUUCAUCGCAAUUUAAAGCCUUCUAAUGUUCUCCGAGACUCACAAGGCAAAUUUCUUAUAGCUGAUUUUGGCAUAAAAACCAUGGCUAAUGUGGGAACUGAGUUUUGGAUUGCUCCUGAAUCAUAUUGUAAAGAAGAAGAUUCGUUUGAGAAAGCUCGUUACAAAACAAAGUCUGAUGUAAUGAAUGCAGGAAUGGUUGCUUAUUAUGUUGCAACAAAAGGGAAACAUCCUUUUGGAACUAAACCACACAGACUAAUCAACAUGUUGAAGGGGGAACCUGUUGACAUGGACGAAAUCAAGGAUGAAACAUUAAAAGACCUUCUGUCGUGGAUGUUAAAACUACAACCAGAACAAAGACCAUCUGCCAACGAAGCCUUGGAACAUCCAUGUCUUAUGUCGGAUGACGAGAAAUUUCACUUUUUAUGUAAAGUUGGUAACUUACAGCCGAUUAAAACAAAUGAUCCCCAAUCUACUAUCGUUAAACAACUGAAUAAAGAAUCUUCCAAUUGGCAAAGUCAAAUGGAUAAAGAUGUUUAUGAAUAUUUGGUAAAUGGAAGAAAGUAUGGACAUUCAUGGACAGAAUGCUUAAGGCUCAUUCGAAAUAUUGGCCAACAUUUGCACGAUCGAACACUGCAAAAGGCACAACCAAAACCUAUUUUUAAAAUUGGAGAUCACAAGGCGUAUUUUCUUAAACUUUUCCCCAGUCUCCCUGUUUGGAUACAUGCAGCUGUUAGGUCAAGUGAUGAAUUGAAAGACAAUCCAGAACUUAAGGCUAUUUUAUCUGGAGAAGAGAAGAAGAAACGAUGUUUUCAAGAAGAGUGGAAAUACAUUGAUGAAUCAACGAAACAUAGAGAAUUGCUUAUUAAAUUGAUUGAAUAUGGACGCAAUUCCAGCAUUGAGGUUGAAGUGGUUGGCAAUGUGCGUGUAAUAUUCUCAGAAGAAUUUUGCAUCGGUAAAGGAAGUAACGAGACUCGUGUUUUUCUUGGACUGAGAAAAGAUGGUUACGGCAAAGCAGUGAAACGAAUACGUCGAGACAACUGCAUGAAGCUUGCACAGAAAGAAAAAGAAAUUUUAAAUCGAUUCAACGCAAAGAAAUCGAAAUAUGUUGUAAAUUAUUCCUUCUUAGAAGAAGAUACUGGAACGGAGUAUGUCUAUUUAAUAUUAGACUUAUGUGAAGAAUCGUUGGAGAGUUAUGUGAAAUCUUCUUCUCUAAGUGAUCUUCAAAACGCUCUUCCCAAAAUUAUUAGACAAAUUUUAAAUGGAUUAGCUGAUCUUCAUAGUGGAGAAAAUCCUAUUAUUCAUCGGGACCUAAAGCCUACCAAUGUUCUCCGAGACUCACAAGGCAACUUUCUGUUAGCUGACUUUGGCAUUAGUCAAAUAUUGGAUUACGAUUCUACGACAUAUGAAAGCAGUCCUAACAGAGGAACGAAGUAUUGGAUUGCUCCUGAAUCAUAUAUAGAAGAUGAAGAUUCAGUUGAUAAAGGACGGUACAAGAGAGUUUCUGAUAUAAUGAAUGCAGGAAUGGUGGCAUAUUAUGUUGCGACAAAAGGGAAACAUCCUUUUGGAAAUAAACGGCUUAGACUGGACAAUAUGUUGAAAGGAAACCCUGUUGGUUUGGAUGUAAUCGAGGAUGAAACAUUAAAAGACCUUCUGUCGUGGAUGUUAAAACGACAACCAGAAGAAAGACCAUAUUCUAACGAAGCAUUAAAACACCCAUUUCUCAUGUCAGAUGAUGAGAAGUUUGAAAUGUUACGUAAAGUUGGGAAUCUUCAGCAGAUUAAGACAAAUGAUCCCUUGUGUAGUGUCGUUCAACAAUUGAAUAGUGAAUCCUCAGAUUGGAAAAGUCAAAUGGAUUGGGAUGUUUAUGAUUAUUUUAGAACAGACGUGGUGACUGGAAAGAUAUUUACAUAUGGCUCUUCAUGGACAGAAUGUUUAAGACUUAUUCGAAAUAUUAACCAACAUUGGAACGAUCGACCACGACCUCUACCACAACCAGAACCAUUUUAUAAGAUUGGUGAUUACAGGGCGUAUUUUCUCCGAACAUUUCCUAAUCUCCCUGUUCGGGUACAUGCUGCUGUAAGGUCAAAUGAAGAAUUAAAAAACAAACCAGAACUUAUGGCUAUUUUUUCUAAAGAAGAGAAAAAGCAACGUUGUUUUCAAGCUGAUCUUAGAUACACUAAACUAACAACAGAAGAAAUCGAGAAAAUUGGUCAGAAAGUUGGAACUGAUUGGAAUAUACUGGGUGGUCUUCUAGAAAUACCUUUAGACAUACGUGAUGAAAUUACUGUUUACGACACAAUUUAUCCAAACCCCUCCGCAAAAGCUGAAGCGAUUUUAGUCAUUUUUAAUGAAAGAAAGAAAUUUGAUCGAUAUGUAUUGAAGAAAUGCCUCGAAGAAAUAAAGCUUGAUUUGGAUGAAAUUUUGUCUCCCUCCAAUCAGUUUGAUGGUGAAAGUGAAGCUUUUGACAGAAUAAAGUCAUUUUCAGCUUUAAAUAAAGUUCAUCUUCGUUACACUAAACUAACAAAUGAGGAAAUCGAGAAAAUUAGUCAGAAAGUUGCAACUGAUUGGAAUAAACUAGGUUUUCUUCUUGCAAUACCUUUUGAGCAACGUGAUGAAACUAAUGUUAACCACAAAAGUUAUCCAAACCCCUCCGCAAAGGCUAAAAAGAUUUUGGAGAUCUUUAAUAAACGAACAGAUUUUGAUCGGCAUUUAUUAAGCAAACACCUUGGAGAAAUAUAUCUUGAUUUGGAUGAAAUUUUGGCUCCCAUUAAACAGACAAACAGAAAUGAAGAUGUUUUAACUACUCGUGAAAUGUGUCAACUGAGUCGUCAUCUAGGAAGUAACUGGGAUGAAAUGGCUUCCUUGAUGAAUUUGGAUAGCCAUGAAAUUGAGAACGUGCUAUCGAAUACGAGUUAUGAAAAUGAACAAAUAAAGGCAGAGAAGAUUCUGUCAAUACUAUCAAAAAAGUGGAAAACUGAAUUUCGGAGAAAACUAGGGGAGACCUUGAAAAGCAUGAACCAAUCUACUUUGGCUAAUUUGAUUUUGAAUUACGAGUGGAAACACCUGCAAUAAAGGAAAAGAUUUUUCUUUUGAAUGUAAACAUUCAAAUGUUUUACUGAGAGCAUUUUGAGACUAAGUUCAUAUUAAAUUAGCACCGUGUAUUGGACAAUACGUAUGUAUAGACAUUUCUAUAUAAUCAUGUCAACACAGUUAAAACAUUUUAGUUAUAGUAUCAACAUAUUGAUUACUUUUAAAAUUUGUCGCUAAAUUGCUUCAUGUCAUGUCUGUGCUGUACUCAGGCCACGUUUACACUAUACCCGAUUACUAUUGUAGCAGGUUAGAUUUUCUUUGUAUUAAAAGGCAGUGAAAUUGUUCAACCUCAGAAACACAAUCAAAUAGACUAAAUCUAUCAACUUCAUAAGCUCUUAUUCUAAUUUUACUGAAAGUUUGCAUUGUAGGAGUAAAAGAUUGGGCUAGGUUUGCUCCUAGCUAUACUUUAUAUAAAUUUCUUAGUAUUGAACUAGUACUUUGCUAAAUAAAGUCAUAAAAGUCAUUGUCGCUUCCACAA